ACCCCCCCUUAUGUUUUUGUUGGGGGAGAAGUUGUGGGUAGCGGAUCUUGUGAAUGUAGCGUGUGCGUGGUUUUUAACCCCUUCGCCGUUAGGGAAUUAUAUAUUUUUCUUUGGGGGAUAUAAACUAAGGCGAUAUGUUCGUGAUAUAAGUAGAUGUUCAUCUUUUUUUAUUAGUUCUGGCCAGGGCAAACUCACUGCUGGCUAGUGUUGUAAGAGCACUUCUCCUCACCCCCCUUCUCCCGUUAGCAUAGCUAGUGUUAGCUAACUAGCUACCUUUCUCUUCCAUAGUUUGUGUGGUACAGCUGAAAAAAAAGUUGCUGGUGAAAUGGCGGAAACCAAAAUAAUAUACCACAUCGACGAGGAGGAGACGCCGUAUUUGGUGAAGAUUCAGAUUCCUGCCGAAAAUAUCACUUUGUUGGAUUUUAAACAGGUCUUGAACAAGCCCAACUACAAAUUCUUCUUUAAGUCUAUGGACCAGGACUUCGGGGUGGUGAAGGAAGAGAUCUCAGACGACAGUGCCAAGCUCCCCUGCUUCAACGGACGAGUGGUGUCAUGGUUGGUUUCAUCAGACACGCCAGGAGCAGCAGAGCCAGUACCACCAGUCCUUCCUCCGCCCCCAGCAGAAGUCCGGCCCCCGCCAUCACCCCCUCCUCCUCUCCCACCCCCACCUGUCGAGAGGACCGGGGGCAUCGGUGACUCCAGACCCCCAUCGUUCCAUCCCAAUGCAGCAGGCAGUGUGGAGAACCUGGAUGACCAGACAGAAACCGAGUCUGUGGUGUCCUUCAGGAGAGAGAGACCCAGACACAGGGAGGCCAUGGAGCAACAUGGGCCUAGGAUGAACGGCCAGAGCCGCAUGGAGCGCCACCUAGCGGGCUAUGAGAGCGCUACCACGGUGAUGAGCAGCGAGCUGGACACCACCAGUUUCUGUGACUCUGAGGACGACGACACCAUGAGCCGGUUCAGCAGCUCCACAGAGCAGAGCACGGCGUCCAGGCUGCUCAAACGCCACCGCAGGCGCAAGAAACAGCGCCCGCCCAGGCUAGAAAGGGCGUCGUCGUUCAGCAGUGUGACGGACUCCACCAUGUCUCUAAACAUCAUCACCGUCACGCUCAACAUGGAGAAGUAUAACUUCCUAGGCAUCAGCAUCGUGGGCCAGAGUAACGAGAGAGGGGAUGGGGGCAUCUAUAUCGGUUCCAUCAUGAAGGGAGGGGCGGUGGCUGCCGACGGACGCAUCGAACCCGGGGACAUGCUGCUGCAGGUGAACGACAUCAACUUUGAGAACAUGAGCAACGACGACGCGGUGCGCGUGCUGAGGGAGAUCGUGCACAAACCCGGGCCCAUCAUCCUGACAGUGGCUAAGUGCUGGGACCCGUCACCUCAGGGCUACUUCACCCUCCCCCGCAAUGAGCCGAUCCCGGCCCAUAGACCCAGCAGCAUGGGUCCAGCCAUUUCGGUUCUUGAUGACUUCAAACCUGCCUGCACCCUUGACUAUGCGUCGUGGCUGGCUAAGCCAUGGCCCUCCCCAGAGUCUGGCCUGGAGGUGUGUGUAUCUCCAGGUUCUGAUGUGGUGGAGUGGCUGUACCACCACAUCGAGGGCUUCCAGGACCGCCGCGAGGCCAGGAAGUACGCCAGCAACCUGCUGAAGGCCGGCUUCAUCCGCCACACGGUCAACAAGAUCACCUUCUCAGAACAGUGUUACUACAUCUUCGGAGACUUCAGCGACUGUGAGAACUACAUGGCCAACCUGUCCCUGAUUGACAACGACGGCUCCAGCGGGGCCUCCGACCAGGACACCCUGGCCCCCUUGCCCCUCCCGGGGGCCACACCUUGGCCCCUGCUACACUCCUUCCCUUCCUUCCAGUACCCCCACCCCCACCCCUACUCCAGCCAGCCCCCACCCUACCACGAGCUGUCCAGCUACAGCUUCGCCCCAGGCAGCACGGGCACAGCCAGUCAGCACAGUGAAGGGAGCCGGAGCAGUGGGUCAACGCGGAGCGAGGGGGGUGAGAGGCGACGAGGCAGUAAGGGUGGUCAAGGCAGUACGGCGGGAGGAGGAGGAGAAAAGUCCCCCUCUGGAGGAGGGGAAGGGGGGGACUCUCGCUCGGGCAGCGGCAGCGAAUCAGAAUACUCGGUCCGCAGCAGCCUGAGGCGGGGCCACGGUUCGGCCACGCCUAGCGAGCACAGCCACUCCUCCCAGCGCUCGCAUCAUCAUCAUCACCGCAUGCCACCGCCCCCCCACAUGUCGCCCUAUCCCCCGGGGAUGCCCAUGCCCUACAACCCUAUGAUGGUGAUGAUGGUGCCCCAGCACCCACACCCACACAUGGGACCCCCAAACAUGGGACACCCCCACCAGUACCCCCAGCAGCACCCCUCGGUCCCCAUGCACCCGGGCAUGGGCCCCUCUGUGCCUGGAGGACCACCCGGGGCCCCCCCAACCCGUGACCUGGGCUCUGUUCCCCCCGAGCUUACGGCCUCGCGCCAGUCCUUCCACCUAGCCAUGGGCAACCCCAGCGAGUUCUUUGUGGAUGUCAUGUAGUCUGAAGACGUGUGUGUGAAGUGAGUGACUAUUGAUGUGAGGUUUAGGAGUUUCACUCUUUGGGGACUGAAUAUUCUAGUCUAUGCUGGUAAUUAACUUGUGGUCUGAUUAGGACCUAGUAGAUUGGUGUCACUCAUUUCUUGUCUGGUAAGAACAGGGUUCAACAGUGAGUCAGGAAUUUUGGCACAGUAUCAUAAAAGACAUGAAAUGCAUCACGUCUGGUUUCCCUUUUCUGAAUAUACUGGCAUACUGUAUCUUGACUUGCAACUCCAAAACAUGCUGCCUGACUCUCCAUGUCAGAAAAGCAACUCUUCUCGUUUCAUUUCAAACGUGUGUGUAUUGGUUUAGUUCUGCUUCUGAAAUCACCGAUUUCAAAAUCAAAUUCUAUUGGUCACAUACACAUAUUUCGCAGAUGUUAUUGCGGUUGUAGUGAAACGCUUGUGUUCCUAGCUCCAACAUUUAGUUAAUAGCGUUUGGCUGACUGGGUGGGCGUGAGUAACUGUGGUGGUCGUUCAUUGAAACGACUGAAGUAACGAACUGGCCAAAUGAGCUGUCGCCAAGUGUACUGAGAGGACUCGGACAGUAGAGGGCGCCACUUCCUCUUUUAUAUUGGGGGAGGUGAAAUUGAUCAUGUUUCCAAAUUUACUUGAGUGUUGAUAAUGGCAUUUGUGGCUGUAUCACGUGACUCAUAAGUGCCUUAUUUUCAGCCAUUAGCCUCCUAAAAGACAUUUAUGAAAUGUAUUAUGUCUCAUCAAGCCUAUUUUUUUUUCUUCAUGAAUUUGUGUGCCAACUAGUUUUUAUUGUAUUAUUUUUGCCUUUGUAUAUAUCUAUAAUAACUUCCAUGUAAAUGCAAUAGUAUAGAAUAGUGAACUUGUGAAGCUAUAGGUCAAACAAUGACAGACAAACUUCUGUCUGGCAAUCAGAGGAUAAAGACCUCAAAAUGACAAGAAUGGGUAACAUGUACUGUGACCAUGUCUAGGACUAUGUGGUAUAAGAAAUGGUACUUCAGGCUGACGAAGGCACACCAAAAACUGUACUUUUGGGAUUGAAUCAUGAGUUCUCACUUCAAAUAACUGUGAUUCCCCCUCAUCCUCUUGCCUCAUAUUUUGUAUGUUAAUGACACGCGAAAGCAUCCAUUUUGUACGAAGGAAUAUAUCGAAGAUGACAACGAUGUAUAACCGAACCAUAAAGGUGCUAAAUGAAGUAGUGUCACCUUGGUGUCCUUCUUGUUUGAUUAUUGUCACUUUUUGUUUCUGUAUUUUAGAAUAAAUUUGUAAUAGACUGAAA